AUGCCUGACUCUAUCUUAUCAGCAGUGAGUUCAUGGCGCGCACGAGUAAAGCACGUUGAAACUCCAUUAUACAACUUUUGGAUCGGAAUGACUAUCAAUGGUAUUGAGCAAAGACGCUUCAAUCCAUAUGGCACUCUAUUCCACCCCGAAAACUUCAGCGACUUUUCCAACCCCCAUGACCCUCCAUCUUUAUCUACUUUCCGAAACACCCGCAAAAAAUUUUGUACCAUCCCUCUCAUCCCUUUUGAAAACGUGACUGUGAAGACCUAUGAAGACAGAUGCAACAACAAAACAGACGUCCCAUUUUCCGAACAAGCAUGGAUCAUCUGGAAAAGGCUAAUGACGAUAAGAAGACGAGCUCCAGUAGCCACCGAUAUUACCCACAGAAUGCUGAACCGAGAUCUCCCCAACAUUGGGGAAUGGGGAAGUGAAUAUCUCCAGAAAAGUACUUACGUGAUUGAUCCAACAACAGCCUGCCUCCUUUGUCGGCAAGCCAAAGAUAAACUGUCACAUCUGUAUAUGGAAUGCCCAAUGACCCUCAAAAUCCUCAAGCUCAGCCCACUCAAAAACAUCAUCGACCUGUCCACCCAGCUCUCCAUUACGACAACUAAUUGGAUUCAAUGGUUCACACUACCACAAACAACCACCAAACUGGUAAAAUUUGUACGUGCCAUCUACGAAAUGAACCACAAUUACCGAUACUCCGUCCCAUACAAGAGCCCUGAAAAAGAACAAAACAUCAUGCAAGACUACGUUAUCCAUUGUAUCACUCAACAACAUGAAGACUUUAAAGNAAGUACUUACGUGAUUGAUCCAACAACAGCCUGCCUCCUUUGUCGGCAAGCCAAAGAUAAACCUUCACAUCUGUAUAUGGAAUGCCCAAUGACCCUCAAAAUCCUCAAGCUCAGUCCACUCAAAAACAUCAUCGACCUGUCCACCCAGCUCUCCAUUACGACAAGUAAUUGGAUUCAAUGGUUCACACUACCACAAACAACCACCCAACUGGUAAAAUUUGUACGUGCCAUCUACGAAAUGAACCACAAUUACCGAUACUCCGUCCCAUACAAGAGCCCUGAAAAAGAACGAAACAUCAUGCAAGACUACGUUAUCCAUUGUAUCACCCAACAACAUGAAGACUUUAAAACCUUUCAUCGACGAUAUCACCUAGACGAUCCAUGA